GCAAAAGAAGAAAAUUUUCCGUUUGUUUCCCGCGAAAAUAUAUUUACAAUAAUUUUCUCUCCCGCGAAAGUAGUGGCAGAAAAAUGACUGUUGUAGAAGAACCAAUCCUCUCCAGACUCGACCGUCUUGACAAAAUCUUGAAGCAUUUGGAAGAAGGAAGAAGCAGCAGCAACAACAGAUCACCAAGGAGCUCAUAUACAUCAUCCACUGGGACUCUAACAAGUGACCGCCAUGGAUCUUCCAUCGAUGAAUUCUCUCCUCAAAGCUUAGAGAAGCACUGCCGUCCGAUCGACGACGUCAUCGUCGAAACCGAGCUCAAGGGUACCCUCCUUGAGAGGCUAGUCCAUGUAGAGCUCCGAGUCUUGAAGUUGUGUUUGCUGUUAGAAGGAGAGAUAAUAGAGGGUGAGAAGAAGACAGAAGAGAUGGCAUCAAUAACAGAGCAGAAAGUAAAGAAGAAGAAGCAGAAGAAGGGUGGUUUGAAGGAAUUGGUUAGAUCAUGUGUCAAAGGAAAAUCAUCAUCAGGGAAGGAACAUAGUAAAAGCAAGAGUCGUGUUUAUUAAAAUCUUUAAGGCCAUGCUGUCAAUAUAUACUUAUACAAGGGUAAGAUGUAUAACUUCCGUAAACCAUAAGAUCUAUGUUCAGGGUUUUUUGGUGCUUUCUAUCUGGGGUUUUGUCUACCAAUCAAUGUU